CCGGGAAACAUUGUGCCAAGGACCCGCAAAGAGUCGGCCCUUCACAUUCGGCUAGUCUCUCAGCAGCGACUCGGACUGCUGACAGUUCCCCCUUAACCCAAAGGGGCAGCUAUACUCGUGCUUUGCCUCCCACCGUCGAUCCCCCAACCCGUGCCCCUCGCUCGGCUCGCUUCUUAUCUCUCAGCCUCGGGCCUCCCUCCAUCUCGAAACAGAACAGAACACCCACCCACAGCUCCCCCUCUCUCCCUUCCCCUUCACCAACUUCACCACCACCACCCCCACAUGGCCACCACGACAAGCACCCGUCUCCCACAGCGUCUACCCCCCUGGCAACCAGACCACUCCGCAAAGAGCUGUCCCAUCUGCCGCACGCUCUUCACUUUCUUCAACCGACGGCACCACUGUCGGCGUUGCGGGCGCGUCGUGUGCGCGACUUGCUCGCCGCACCGCAUCAGUAUCCCACGCGCGUUCGUUGUCCGCCCGCCGAAGGUUGUCGAUCUGACCCGGGACGAGGAGGAGGAGGACGAGGAAGACGAGGAGGAGGAAGAGGAGGACGAAGACGAAGAGGACGAGGAGGAGGGCAAGGUUAGGAUUUGUCAGGAGUGUUUGGUUGGCGGAACGGGGGUGGCGGCGGCAGUGUCGGGAGGAGGAGGCGCGAGUGGGAGCGGGAGCAGACCCGUUGAGAUGCUUCCACAGAGGAGGCGGAGGAGACAAAGUUCGCAAGGUGGCCGGUCAAAUCCCCCCGCUGCACCGAUUCCCCGCCAUCACCACCACAACCACCAAGCGCUCUCACACUCCGUCCCGCAAUUCGCCGAGGAGGAUUACUGCCCCAUCUGCCACCGCGCACUACCCUACCUCCACGAUCCGUCCGACGCCGGCCGGGAAGCGCACAUCGCGUCGUGCAUCACCGCCGCUACAUCCCCCCCACCACCGUUCUCAGCCGCGAUCGGUAGGACCCGGAGCUACACGAAUGGCGGGAGGAUGGUGGUUUGGAAUGCGGGCUUGAAGGACUGUAGGGACCCCAUCACGGGGGAACUGGUCGAGUGUGUCAUCUGUUUCGAGGAGUUCGAAGUCGGUUGUGAAAUCGCCAGACUGGAGUGUCUAUGUCGAUAUCACAAGAAAUGCAUCCGUGAUUGGUUCGACAGAAAGGGCAACGGCGAGUGUCCCACGCACGCCAUACACGAAUAGGAUCUGACAGGACGGUUCACGUGGUAUUGGGCUACAGCUCCUCUUACGUUUGCACGGUGGCUGGACGAGGCGGGGUGGUGAAGUGGUGAAGUGAAGUUAGUGACCAUGUGGGACUUUUAUCACAUUUUUGGAACAACAGUUUUUUUUUGUCUUUUCUAUUUUCUAACUCUACUCUUCGGGAGGAAUGGUAUGCUAUUGGGAUGGAGUAUUGGAGUGCUUGUUAGCCAAGAUGUUCGUUCUUUCCUUCUCUCUCUUUCUCUCUCUUGGGUCUGCUCUGUCCGCGUCUCUGUUUGUGCUGUAUCGCUUUGCAUGUAUCCUUUCCAGGUACCUAGAUUGACGGGGUAGGCGGGGG